CAUACGUCACGUCAGUUGAAUGGACACUGCGGUUUGCGGCAAAUGAUCGCAGAGUAGUGGGUUUUACGGAUUUGUAAUUCAACUGCAGUUCGUAAUUCUUUCGUUUCCCCAGUUUCUAGUGUUCUGGUUGUGUAAUUACUACUCGCGGAGUGUGUAAAUUUAUGCGAAAUUUUCGAAAUAGCGCGAGGGAAAGUCUGUAAUAUGCGCUAGUGCUGGUUUUUAGAUGAGACAAGUUUUUGUGUGCAAAUUUAUUCCCGUUUUGGCGCAAGUUGUGAGGAAAAUCAAGUCGCAAAUAUAAGAUAACCGCCAUGGAGAGAAGAAUGUAUACAGGAAGUCUAACUUUUAAUUGAAAAGGAUGGGACACUUCCAUCGUGCUCCAUCUUUACUAAUUACUCCCUUGAAGGUGCGUGCGUGCCGUGUGCGCAUGCGUUGAUGGACGCAGCGAACGGGGCCGCGAGGGGCGGCCGAGCGGCGCGGGCGCUCCGUCUACUGCUCCUGUUGGUUCUAGCGCUUGCCGCUGUGGAGUACCUUUUUGGUUCCAUACUGGAAGCGUCUCCGCUCCGGACGUAUCUGUAUACGCCGCUGUACAACGCUACGCAACCUACUAUCAGAUCCGUCGACCACUCGCCUUGGCCAAAAGCUCUUCAAGCCGAAACGACUCAGAACACUAAAAACUCAACCCAAAACAGCACAAAUCAGUCAACCGGCCGCAACCCCGACGUGAUCAGACGAAAACCAGAGAACGCAACCGUAAAGAAACCUGAAAACACGACCAAACGUAAACCCGACAACGCAACCGUCAAUAUACAGCCAAACAUGACCCGGACAGAUAUAGAAGACAGCACGACGCUGCUGAUAUCGAAGAUUAUGGACAGCAUUAAGAAUUCUGCGACUACUGAAGGGGAGUUUAGGAGGAACGAGACAGAGUUACCGUUAUGCGAUAGCAUGCCGCCGGAUUUAGGUCCAAUACCAGUGAACAAAACGGACAUGGAGCUAGACGUGGUGGAGAAGAAAUACCCCGAGGUGCACUGGGGCGGGCGGUACUCCCCGCCCAACUGCACCGCCCGGCACAAAGUUGCCAUUAUUGUGCCAUACAGGGAUCGCCAGCAGCAUUUGGCGAUAUUCCUGAAUCAUAUGCACCCGUUCCUGAUGAAACAACAGAUAGAAUAUGGAAUAUUUAUAGUCGAACAAGAAGGUACACACGAGUUCAACAGAGCCAAGCUUAUGAACGUAGGCUUCGUGGAAAGCCAGAAGCAGAAGGCCGGCGGCUGGCAGUGCUUUAUCUUUCACGACAUCGAUCUCCUGCCGCUCGACCAACGGAACAUGUACUCCUGCCCGAGGCAGCCCAGACAUAUGUCGGCGUCCAUCGAUAAAUUAAAUUUCAAACUGCCAUACGAAGACAUUUUUGGCGGAGUAUCGGCUCUUACACUCGAGCAGUUCCAGAAAGUCAACGGCUUCUCUAACCGCUACUGGGGCUGGGGCGGCGAAGAUGAUGACAUGGCCUAUAGGUUGAAGAAAAUGAACUACCAUGUCGCAAGAUAUAAAAUGUCCAUAGCUCGGUACGCUAUGCUGAACCACAAGAAAUCUAAUCCAAAUCCAAAAAGAUACCAGCUUCUCUCACAAACGAGCAAAACCUUCAAGAAAGACGGUCUGUCGACCCUAGAGUACGUGCUAGUGGAAGUAGUUCACCACCACCUGUACACCCACAUCGUCGCCAACAUAGACGAACAUAGCUGAUGGACAUACUUCGCCAAACUCCUGUUUGGCGACGAAAGGUAACAAGUGACGCGCUUGUGAUAUUACAGUUACCAUAAUGUUACUAAGUGCAUUUGUUAUUUGUUGGAAUAUGCUCUGCAGUUACAGAACAGAAUGAAUGAAUGUCACAAAUUUAGUGUUGUGCCAGGAAUAAUUUUAUGAUUGCGUUUGAUGUAUAUUAUUAAGUGUAAUGUGUAUUAUAUAAAUCUAUGUUUUUAUUUAAUUUUAAAUCAUCGACAUUUUGUAAUAUUUGUCUAUUUUGAACAUUUUAUUGUCGUUGAAUCUAUCGGUAUCUGUGUAAAAUAUUUUAAGCUUAAUUUUUCUGCUGUUGCUGUGGUGAAAAUGAUGUUAUGAAAGGUGUAGAAAAACGAUCUUGUGUUCAUGUCGGAGAUUUCAUUAUAAAAACAAAACAAUGGCAAAGAGAACAAUGUAUGUUUAAUCUUCGCAAAGUUUUAUUGGUGUUAUGUGUAUAUCGACACUGGCCGAAUGAAAAACAACACAUCACAUGAUAUGUAUAAUACCUAUAUAUGGGUAAACUGCAGAAUAGAUAUAUUAGGUUAGUUAUAAAUUUGCUUCAUUUUAGUUACAAUUGGAACCAGAGGGCUUACCGCGAAAUGUCAUUAUCUGUCUCUCUGUCAUUUGAAUCAUAUGAAAGUGUUAGACAGGCAGAUAACGAAAUUUUGAUUUUCGUGUUUCUCGACAGUAGGCCUUCUGUUACCAAUUUUUAGUUUCGUCGAAGCUAAUCUAAGUCUAUUCUGCGCUUCGCCUAUGAAGUACCACUUCAAAUCGACCUAUUUGUAAUAUAUGUAGAUAACAAUGUACAGACUUGGUAGGUCCAUUUCAAGUACAGAUAAUGACAAUAUACAAAUACUAACCUCAGUAUUUGUUGUAUAAAAUAUUAUAAAAUCGCUCAGAGCGUCCAAUUGUUAACUUUUGCAUUACUAUGUAAAGUUUAGGGUUAAAUAUUUGGCCCCUUAAUCUCAAAAGCCAAACCUCGAAUCUAAGUAAAAAAUAUAUCUUGUAUUCCUGUACAUAACAUUUGUAGGUUAGGGUCUAAACCUUCAAAAAGUUCGUCGAAGGAAGAUGGGUACUGCAGAGCUAAGUUGCACAUAGGGAUUCUAAUAUCAUGAAAAUAUUUGUUCGACGAAAUAGAUACCAGAGAAUGUUACAAUGGAGUAACCCAUUUUAAACAAUGGUACAAUUAAUGACUUUGAAUUGGUCAAUUUGAAUAUACCUUAGGUAUUGUCUAUCCAAAUACAUGCCAGCAAAACAACCAUGUGGUAUCCAUACUCCUUUGGCGUGAUCGAAUAGAGACAUUCACUCAAUUACGCUAAACCCAUAUUACUAUAGAUACUCAAAUUUAUAUUAAAUACCCCUAUUAGCUUAUUUAUAAUACUUUAUCUUGUGUUGUUCGGCUCUAAAAUUGUGAUAGAUGCGGGGCGUCAGCUCGCCUGUACAUAAGAGAUAUUUUAUUUUAUUCUUUAAUCUUAAGGUAAUAAGGUCCAUGUGAUAAUGAAAAUCUGUUCGGAAAAAUCUGCGUCGAAAUUGAAGUAUUUUCAUGAAUCUCUUGAAGCUACGUAGUCUUUUUAGUUUUAUUUAACUUAUAAAAGCGACUUUUCUGUGUACAAAAUAAAGUACAAUUUUAAACAACUCAAUGCAAACUUUAGAAAGUACAUUUAAAAAAUAUUUACUCGUUCAUAGUUCCAAUGUCUGUCUGCAGGCCUAAGUAUUAAGCCGAAAUUGGUGUUGGCAGGCGAUUACUUAAGCGGACCUUUUGUUUCAUAUGUAUUUAAGUGUUUUGCUAGUUUCAUAAAUAUUUUAUUUUUUAAAUGUCGCUUACUAAGGAAUGUUCAUUUGUUUAUAGUCGAAUAUUAUUUUAUUAGCGUCCAAAUCUAUUUUUUGUAAGUUAACUUUUAGUAAGUAAAGUAAUUAGUCUGAAAAUUAUGUACUGAAUAAAGUCAAUAUGAUAAUGUAUAAACGUAGAGGUUUUUAUAUUUUUACGAAAUCGGAAUAAUCUGUGAGAUGCAAACGUCGGAUAUUUCAAUAGAACUUAGCGAACGAGAACCUCACCUGCAAGCAAUUUUCAAACUAUUUAAACUUUAAACACAUAUAUAUAUAUGGUAUAGCAUCAGAAUAUCACGAUGUAACACUAUGUGGCUUAAUGUUAUUUGCUGCAAAGUGGAUGAUGUGCUCUUCUAUGUUCAAUUGUUUUUUAUGAUUAUAGUUGUAAUAAUGCUUUUGCCUUAGUUCCUAGGACCCUCUUGUAAAAAUGCUCAUUUUUUAUUUAUUUAUUUAUUGUGUUGCAAUUUUCUAAGUACAACAGAUAAGUUAUUAGUUUUUUUUACGAAAGUAUAGUAAUUCAGCACGAUUAUAAAUGAUUACUUAUUGUUGUAUUUUAUGCGUGAAAAUUUCGUUUAUAAAUUGGGUCCUUGGAGCAUCUUGUUUAGAUUAGUACGCCGUUACACUCUGUAUCCAAAGAUAAAAUAUGGUUACCUACUUGAAUUCUCUGCUUAGCUAAUAUUAAGGCCUAGAUUAUAAAAGAAGGGUGAUAUUGAUAGUGGAUUGUUAAACAUUUUAGAAAUGAGUUUUAAAUAAAGGUAGGGAGAACUAGGCAUAAACUAUUUCCCAAUUCCCUAUGUGGAACUAAGGUCAGUGUGGUGAAGACCGGCAUAUAACAUUUUUGGCUGGAAAGAACGUCAUAAGAGGGCAAGAACCGUAUUAUCUAUAGUUGAAGAAAUAUUAUUAGCACCGAUGAAAUGUUAUCGCUAAUGGCUCUUUGAGAAUAGGAUAAUAAAACAAUUAGCACCCAGUUUUGCUUAAAGUAUACAGCUAAACAAUCUUGAUUCCAUUUGUCUGAUUGUAAUUUCUAAGUUUUCCUAAUAUUCCAACAUUUCAAUUCAUUGUCUGUUGUUUAAUUAUAAAUGAUUUAAUCUAUAGAAACAUUAAUAUAAAAGUAAAUACGAUUAGGGUCGAAAAAAAGUUUCAUUUACAUAAUAACGUUUGUAAAAGUUUUAUGACCAAUCGGUGCAAAUUUUAUUUCUUCUACUAUUAUACCUUACGCAAGAGUAAAAAGUGACGAAAGAGCUUGUAGACGGUCUUCUCCACCUUGACCUUGGUUACUAAAAUGACGUACUUUUAGUGACACUAGCUUUUGUAUCAUCUGAAAUUAAUCACAUUAUAGUUUUUGUUUUUGACCGCGUGGGCUAUUCAAAACUAGACUUUAAGUGAACGCAGUAACAACCACGUUACAAAAGCGAGAAUUAUAAAGCAGGACAGCGUAUACUUAGAACUUAUCUUCGUAGCAAAUUUACCUAAGUCGAAUUUAAAGGAGAUUUACAGAAUGCAUGCGUUAACUGAUGUGAAAGGGUACAGGAAUCUUAUAUACCACCAAGGGCGCAUUUAACCCUUUUAACGCCACGCCUCUCGAGCGCGGCGAGAUCGUGAACACACAAGUACCAUGAGUCACUGACAGUGUCAAAACUGACAUAUACGCUAUCGAGAACGUAAUUUACUUUCUAUACAUCUCGCUCGCACUUAUAAGCGAGUACGAGCGAGAUGUAUAUAAAGUAAAUUACGUUCUCGAUAGCGAACUGGUGGUCAGUGCGGAACUGGUGGUAGCAACACUUGUCGGAAAUAUCGUAAUUCACGAAUGAUAUCGGGGUGUAGCCGCGUGUCAGUUGACGACUUUGGGGGUAAACGGGUUAAUGAAGCAAGUUCACGGUUUGCCUCUUUCAAACAACCUAUAAUUUGUCCUCUGUUUCUAACAAACAUUGAUAUUGUAUUGGAUAGGCUGAUAGAAUUAAUUAUGAGAUCCAUUUUACUUAAUGUCAUAAAUAAUUAUAUAAUCAAACUGUGUAUUGUAGCCAUAUUUGAGCUAGGUAAUUGUAUAAAUUUAACUUCAUGGAUCUCAGAAGCUAUUGUUAUGUUUUUGAAUUUGUUUAACGCAUUCCAUGCGAGCCGAGCCGAUUAAAUUAUAGCCAAUGAAAACUUUUAAUGACCAAUCAGAUCUUUUUUUUAAAUAGCGGGAAAUAUUUUAUUGGAUACAAUUAAAUAAGAAGGGAUAGCUAUCACUGUCAGUGAGGCUGGGGUCAUUUUUGGAAGGCAUUUUUCUAUGGAGAGCGUUGUCUAUAUAUAUUCCGUCACUGGACAAAAGCGACUACGAACAGAGAACCCGUCAACCGAGUUCCCGGCACUGAAUGGGUUAAUAAAAGUUUUAAUUAGAUUUUGGGAUUUGUCAUUGGCAAGCAUUGUGUUUAAAAGUUAUAAUUAUAUUGGGAUUUGUCAUAUACCUAAAGGCAAACAUACAAGAACUAUACAUUAUUUUAAUACAUUAUGUUAAUGGCAUUCCGUGAAAGAUACUGUUAAAUCUAAUUUUAAGAAAACCUAUACAUAGAAAUAAUGCAAUCGACGAACAACUAGAAAUACUUAAGAUUAUGAUUUUAUAAUCCAUGAUAGCCAAAGUCCGUUGGUAUAUAAGAUUUUUGGAUGUGGAUCUAAAGAAGGUUAUUUGGAAAUGUGUCAAGCGCGAAGCGCAAGUUAGGAAUGUAUACAACCGGUAGGUAAGUGACCAUUGAGAUACUUAAGAAAAGGUGAUAAGCUCAUUUUAUUUUGUCUUAUUGGUUUUUAUAAAUAAAUAUUUCGUUUUUUAA